UUCUCCCUGCUCCAGGCCUGAUUGGGAUCUUGUGUCGCCAGCCCUUCACUGCGCUUGGUGGCUCUGCUGCAGCCUCUGUCCCUUUGUAGUCUACACUGGUCGUGGCAGUCCUAGGAAGGAGUCAGGGAGACCCAGAAAAUACAGAAAUGGACUCUGUGGCCUUUGAGGAUGUGGCUGUGACCUUCACCCUGGAGGAGUGGUCUUUACUGGACUCUUCCCAGAAGAAACUCUACAGAGAUGUGAUGCGGGAAACCUUCAGGAACCUGACUUCAAUAGGUAAAAAAUGGGAAGAUUAUGAUGUUGAAGAUCAGUGCAAAAACCAAGGGAGAAAACGAAGAAGUCAUAUGGUAGAUAGAAUCUGUGAAAGGGAAAAGGAUAGUCAAUGUGGAGAAAACUUCAGCCUUAUUCCAAACCUCAAUCUGAAGAAAACUCUUUCUGGAGUAAAACCAUGGGAAUCCAGUGCAUGUGGAAAAGUCUUCGUACAGUAUUCAUCUCAUAAUAGGCACACCAGAUGUGACACGGGACAUAAACCCUCUGAGUAUCAGAAAUAUGGAGAGAAGCCAUAUAAAUGUAAUAUAUGUGGGAAAGCCUUCAGUUAUCUUCAAUGUUUUAAAAAACAUGAAAGAAUUCACAAUAGAGAAGAAAUCUAUAAAUGUGAGGAAUACAAAAAAGGUUUUAUGUGGCUCAAAACUCUUCAAAGACACAUGAUAACGUAUACUGUAGAUGCUCCUUAUCGACAUAAGGUGUGUGGGAAAACCUUUAGUUCUUCAACUUCACUUCAAAUAUGUGAAAGAACCCACACUGGAGAGAAGCCCUAUCAUUGUAAACACUGUGGAAAAGCCUUCAGAUGUUAUAAAAGUUUUCAAAGACAUGAAAGAAACCAUACUGAAGAGAAACCCUAUCAAUGUAAAAAAUGUAGUAAAGCAUUCAGGUAUCCCAGUUAUCUUCGUAUACAUGAAAGAACUCAUACGGAAGAAAAACCCUAUAAAUGUAAGGAAUGUGGAAAAAGCUUCAGAUCAUAUAGUUCCUUACAACCACAUGAAAGGACUCACACAGGAGAGAAACCAUAUGAAUGUAAGGAAUGUGGAAAAAGCUUUAGUAAUUAUAGAUCCUUACAAAUACACGAAAGGUCUCACACUGGAGAGAAACCUUAUGUAUGUAAACAUUGUGGUAAGGCAUUCAGUGCUCCCAAUUAUCUUCGAAAACAUGAAAGAACUCAUAUUGCAGAAAAAUCUUAUGAAUGUAAGGAAUGUGGAAAAGCCUUUAGAUUUUCCAAUUCCUUACAAACACAUGAAAGAACCCACACAGGAGAGAAACCCUAUGAAUGUAAGGAAUGUGGGAAAGCCUUCAGAUCUUCUGGUAACUUACAAACACAUGAAAGAACUCACACAGGAGAGAAACCCUAUGAAUGUAAAGAAUGCAGAAAAUCUUUCAGAUAUUCUAGUUCCUUACAAAUGCAUGAAAGGAUUCACAAAGGAGAGGAACCCUAUGAAUGUAAAAAAUGUAGUAAAAAGUUCAAGUAUCCUAGUAAUCUUCGAAUACACGAAAGAACUCACAUUGCAGAGAAACCCUAUGAAUGUAAGGAAUGUGGAAAAGCUUUCAGAUCUUACAGUUCCUUACAAACCCAUGAAAGGACUCACACAGGAGAGAAACCCUAUGAGUGUAAACAUUGUGGUAAAGCCUUUAUUUCUCGAAAAUCUCUUCAGAGACACAUGAAAAUGCAUACUUGAAAUACACCCUAUCAAUGUAAGGUGUGUGCAAGCAUUCACUUACCUCAGUUUAUAUGAAAGGCAUAAAAGAACUCACAUUGGAGAGAAAUCCUAUGAAUGAACACAAUGUGGUAAAGCCUAGGCAGAGCACAGUUCCUUAUAAUGACAUGAAGUACUCAUACUGGAAAAAUUCCUGUGAAUGUAAGGUAUGUGGAAAAGCCUUCAUUUAUAAGAACAUCCUUCAAAAUCACAAGAUGAGAGUGCACACAGUAGAGAAACCAAAUAAAUGUAAAGAAUGAGGGAAAGCCUUCAGUCAUCCCCCUUCUGAAGUUGUGAAAGUAUUCACUGAACCACAGCUCUUGAAUGUAAAUAGUAUGGGGAAGCCUUCAAUUGUCCCAUUUCCUUAUGUGUAAAAUUCCCACUAAAAAGAAGUGAAAAUGUAAAUAACAUGAGAAGGGAUUGAUGGAAAUUAAUUUAUGUAUAAUUUUCUAGAAAAUUUUAACAAUAAAGUGUUUAUAUUAAAAUUUCUACCACAGUAGACCCUUGAACAACACUGGGGUGAGGGGCAUCAACCGCUUGCACCAUCAAAAAUCCACCUAUAACUUAAUCUGGUCCUCUGCAUGCACAAAUACCCAAUUUUGUAUGUGAUUUUAAUCUGAGUAUAAGUGGAACUGUGCAGUUCAAACAUAUUGUUCAAGGGUCAACUGUAAUUACUUUCAGAAACAUUGAGGUGAGAUAAUUCUGUGAGUUGUCAUUCAACAAUAGCACAUAAUAUUAAUAGGUAGUGAUUUUUCAUUAAAUCAGUUAACAUUAUUUCUAUAUUUUGAAGGAUGUUAGAUCCUGGGUUAAGUUAAUUGUAUUUCUGCCAUGCAAUUAAGUUUAAUUUUCUAUGAUGUUUAUUUUGUGUGUGUGUUAAAGGGCCAUUGAAAAAUGACAGUUUGGUAUAAUUUGGGAUUUUCCUAUAGACCUCAUGACAGUUCUUGCAUAUUCUUAGUUUAUUAUAUAUAUUGCCCCUUUCUUACUUAAUAAGUUCCUUUUGAGGGUGAUGGGUAUGAGUCUUUUCCCAUUUUCCAUUCUUAUAAACAGUUGGGGUAAAUUUUUAUGUGUGUCAAGUUUACAAAAGAAUAAAGUUUCAUGUGAGUUA